AUGGCAACCAUCAAAACCCGCAUCUGCAUGAUCUCAGACACUCAUACAAGCACUCCCCAUCCACCUCAAAGAACCGACCAUGCCUACCGCUACCCCCUCCCAAAAGCAAACAUCCUCCUCCACGCCGGCGACCUCACGAAAGUGGGGUACCGCGUCGAACACGAAGCAAUGAUCUCCAUGCUCACCUCCGCCGACGCAGAACUCAAACUCGUAAUAGCAGGAAACCACGACAUAACCCUCGACGAAGAGUACUUCACGUCCUUCGGUUACACCCGUCACCAACGUCCAGAACAACUAGGCGAACAAUCUAUCCUAUUAUCAGAUGAUUCCGACCUCCAAACCACCCUCCAGACCUCGGCCCCAAACAAAGACUCCCUAAAAGCCUAUGCUCGCUCUAUAAAAUCCCUCUGGACAAGCGAAGCAGCCCGAAAAGCAGGAAUUAUCUACCUAGAAGAAGGAACUCACUCCUUCACCCUCUCAACUGGAGCGUCAUUCACUAUCUACGCUUCACCCUACCAACCGGAAUUCUAUAACUGGGCUUUUGCAUACCCCCGCACUCAAGACCGCUAUAAUCCUGCCCCUGCUACGUACCCGCAGCCUGAAAACCCAACUCCGGAUUACCCUGCUAUCGAUAUAAUGUUAACGCACGGCCCGCCCGUCGGAGUCCUGGAUCAGGUCCCGCCUGAUCUAAAUGUUGGCUGUGAGCAUCUCCUCCGUGCGGUGCAACGUGCAAAGCCGCGUCUGCAUCUCUUCGGUCAUAUUCAUGAAGGGUGGGGUGCGCAGCGGGGAGUGUGGGAUGAUGAGGUGGAUGGUGGUGUUAAGCUUGAGACUGUGUCGACGGAUAUGGAGGAUAUGUUGGAGAAUCGGGGGGCGUUUUUUGAUGUUAGUUCUGGGGCGGAGAAGCCGUUGAGGGUUGGGGAGGAGACGCUCUUUGUUAAUGGGAGUAUUAUGACGGUUAAUUAUGAGGCGAGGAAUGCGCCUUGGGUGGUGGAUUUGGAACUUCCUGUUGCCGGGAAAUAA